AUAUACUAAUGAAAAGUCUAAUAAUAAUAAUGAUUCAACUAUUUCUCAAAAUAUAAACUAUGCAGUAUCUAAGUUAUCAAGUCAAAAGAAAUCUGAUUUAUCAGAUUUGGAUAUUAUAGCAUCUACACCUUUAUUAGAAAAAUUUAUAAAACCUAUCAAUAAAAAGCUUGAACACAAAAAAGUUUUAUUGAGAAAUAUCAAUGAAAACAAUAGCGAAGUUGACAUUAAUAAAGCAAGAGAAAAUAAUAAUAAAGUAUUUGAAAAGCAAAAUUCUCUAGAGCAUCUUUCAUAUGCUAAUGUAACUGCUAUUUUUCUAUUACAAACUGGUUCUUAUGUAAUAGCUAUGUUUAAUAAUAUACUUUGUAUUGCUCAAAUCAUUGCUAUGUAUGAACAAAAGGCUUCAAUGCAUUCUUAUAUUGAUACUUUUGUUUCAAAUCUCAAAUCUCUUUCAUAUGUAUCUAUGAAAAUUUAUUUUUAUAUUAAUGAUAUUAGUGUUAAUGAAGAAGCAUUAAUUCUUAAAGAUUUCGAAUAG